AGCCUGGGUCCCGAGGGCCGAAGAACUACAUUCCCGACGGGCAAAGCGCUUGAGUGCUUCCGGCUCGCGCGUCUCGUCCCUUCUCCCCGGCCGGCGGCCGAGGGGGCACGAUGAAACGGGAAGGUGGCGUUGCCGCUCCCGGGCGGCCACGGGCGGGAGAUGCAGCCCGAAGACCCUAGAUGCCCCUCUAGAGCAUGAGUUUGGGCACGAGCGCCCACCACCACCGCUUCUCCGGGGCUCCUCCCAGCCUCCCCAACCCAGACGCCGCCGCGACCAGAAUGGAGACGACCUUCGGGCCUGCCUUUUCAGCGGUCACUACCAUCACAAAAGCGGACGGGACCAGCACAUACAAACAGCACCGCAGAACGCCCUCUUCCUCCAGCACCCUGGCCUACUCCCCGCGGGAUGAGGAGGACAGCAUGCCUCCCAUCAACACCCCCCGCCGUUCUGACUCGGCCAUCUCCGUCCGCUCUCUGCACUCCGAGUCCAGCAUGUCCCUGCGGUCCACGUUCUCGCUGCCUGAGGAGGAGGAGGAGCUGGAGCCACUGGUGUUUGCUGAGCAGCCCUCGGUGAAGCUGUGCUGUCAGCUCUGCUGUGGGGUGUUCAAGGACCCAGUGAUCACCACCUGUGGGCACACCUUCUGCAGAAGAUGCGCCUUGAAGUCAGAGAAGUGUCCCGUGGACAAUGCCAAGCUGACAGUGGUGGUGAACAACAUCGCGGUCGCAGAGCAGAUCGGAGAGCUCUUCAUCCACUGCAGGCACGGCUGCCGUGCGGUGGGUGCGGGGAAGCCCACCGCCUUCGAGGUGGACCCCCGGGGCUGCCCCUUCACAAUCAAGCUCAGUGCCCGGAAGGACCACGAGGGCGGCUGUGACUACAGGCCCGUGCGCUGCCCCAACAACCCCAGCUGCCCCCCGCUGCUGAAGAUGGACCUGGAGGCGCACCUCAAGGAGUGCGAGCAUAUCAAGUGUCCCCACUCCAAGUACGGGUGCACGUUCAUCGGGAACCAGGACACCUACGAGGCGCACCUGGAGGCCUGCCGUUUCGAGGGACUGAAGGAGUUCCUGCAGCAGACCGACGACCGCUUCCACGAGAUGCAUGUGGCGCUGGCGCAGAAGGACCAGGAGAUUGCCUUCCUGCGCUCCAUGCUGGGCAAGCUGUCGGAGAAGAUCGACCAGCUGGAGAAGAGCCUGGAGCUCAAGUUUGACGUCCUAGAUGAAAACCAGAGCAAACUCAGCGAGGACCUCAUGGAGUUCCGGAGGGAUGCGUCCAUGCUGAACGUGAGUGGUGGGCACAUGGGUGCAGCGGGAGGGCAGGCCAUGGGCAUGGGACUACCAGCAGGGCGGCCUCUGCCAGCCUCAGCCCCCACUUGUCAGGAUUACUGCCGUUGUCUUCCAGCCUACGACCCCCAGCAGAUCUUCAAGUGCAAAGGGACCUUUGUUGGCCACCAGGGGCCCGUCUGGUGUCUCUGUGUCUACUCCAUGGGUGACCUGCUCUUCAGUGGCUCCUCUGACAAGACCAUCAAGGUGUGGGACACAUGCACCACCUACAAAUGCCAGAAGACGCUGGAGGGCCACGACGGCAUCGUGCUGGCGCUCUGUAUUCAGGGGUGCAAACUCUACAGUGGCUCCGCAGACUGCACCAUCAUCGUGUGGGACAUCCAGACCCUGCAGAAGGUGAACACCAUCCGGGCCCACGACAACCCCGUGUGCACGCUGGUCUCCUCCCACAAUGUGCUCUUCAGCGGCUCCCUCAAGGCCAUCAAGGUCUGGGACAUCGUGGGCACUGAGCUGAAGCUGAAGAAGGAGCUCACGGGCCUCAACCACUGGGUGCGGGCCCUGGUGGCUGCCCAGAGCUACCUGUACAGCGGGUCCUAUCAGACAAUCAAGAUCUGGGACAUUCGGACCCUCGACUGCAUCCACGUCCUGCAGACGUCUGGGGGCAGUGUCUACUCCAUCGCCGUGACCAAUCACCACAUCGUCUGUGGCACCUACGAGAACCUCAUCCACGUGUGGGACAUCGAGUCCAAGGAGCAGGUGCGGACCCUAACAGGCCACGUGGGCACCGUGUACGCCCUGGCAGUCAUCUCGACGCCCGACCAGACCAAAGUGUUCAGUGCCUCCUACGACCGGUCCCUCAGGGUCUGGAGCAUGGACAACAUGAUCUGCACGCAGACCCUGCUGCGCCACCAGGGCAGCGUGACCGCGCUAGCCGUGUCUCGGGGCCGGCUCUUCUCAGGGGCUGUGGACAGCACCGUGAAGGUUUGGACAUGCUGACAGAGCUCAGGCCAGACCAGCUCCCCCUGGGCCUGUCCAGGCCAGGAUGGCCACAUGGGGUGGCCUCAGGAUGCUGCCUGCGUGUGCGAACAGGAUAACAGGCUCUGUCUACGUGGCCCUGUCCCUGUUGCUGCCAGGACAAUGUCCAGGCUCCCCACUCUGGGUGCCAGGUACGAUGCUCACCCGGCCCACCCUCUGUCCCCACCCUAGAUGGACUUUGGGCCUUUUUACUCACUUUUUCUACUGUUUUUAGACUGUACAUAGAUUUGAUUACUUCCCGAUUGAAAUAAAAUCUGCAGACUGGCUGUGAGCAGGGACAGGUCCUCGGGCAAGGGGUGUGCACAGGCCCCAGCAGUGAAUGUGGGCAAAGGUGGGCGCCCCAGGACCGCAGCCCUCAGCAGUCUCCCCCUGCCAGGAGGCUCGUGGCUUCCAAUCCUGCUCCAACACUCUCCCCAAUACCCUUCCCCCCAAAUAAGUGAGCCGGGCAGCUCCGUUCUCUGCUGUUUAUUGACAGCGGACAGUACCCCCUGCCCAGCCCCGCCUCCCCCCCUCCGGGAGCCCCCACCUGGGCUGCGUACCAGGAGAGGCCAGGUAGAUAGCUGGACAUACCCACCGGGAUGGGGUGCAGUGACAACUAGAAGGGGCCCCACACAUCAGAUGCCACUGUGACUGCCCCCCCCACUCGGCACCACAAUCGCUGGUUUUCGUCAUUUUUAAAAUUUUUUGUAAGAAAUGUCAAAGUUGUGCCCAACACUUGUGGAUCAGCAAACACGACAGAGACCAGUCAUUACUUGGGGACAAGGGUAAGGGAAGAGAGGGCAAGGACCACAUGACAGCCCAGACCAUGAGCAGGGGGAUCCGUGGGGACUCGGGUGGGGCAGGUGGGCUAAGGGCCAGGGGCCUGCAGAGGGGCGGCACACCCUUGCAUGUGAGCACAUGCAACCCAGCAUGCACGCCUUGCAGCCACACUGCGGUGUCAACACGCUCACGCCCAUGCUGCGCACGGUGCACCCUCAGGCCAGCACCCGGGGACGCCGCAGGAGGAAGGAGCCCCUCCUCGGGUCCCCACAGCGUGGGAGCAGGCAAGGCACAUCCUUUGAGUUCUUCCGACAGAGAAGUUGCUAGGGAGGAGAGCAGAGGAGAGGCCCUGGGCAUAGCACCCACACCCUCCCACACCCAAGCCUCCAAUUUGUGCUAGUGGUCCAGGGGCCUAGCCACUCCUGGACAGAGGGAAGGACAGACAGAUAGCCUGGGCCUCUAACAACUUUUGUCUCAAGCUAGACUCCAGUGUCCUUUCAGUUGGUAAAUGGUUUUCUAUAGAAUCAAUAAUAUUUCUUUAAAUAUAUAUUUGUUAAAGUUA